UAAAUUAGCACACCUGCACCCAGCCCUAGCACCACCAUUAGAGCAAUUCUACCUAGCUUCCAAUAAUAUUAGUAGUACGUACGUAGAAUCAAAGGAGAGAAAAAUGGAAUACUCCCGCAUCGACCGAGGUUUGAGUAGAGGAGAAGGGGGGAUGAUCUUGUUCGAAAUGGUAUUGAAUGGGAAAUGGGGUGACGUUGUCAAUACAUGUACGGAAAACCCAUUUUUCCUAGUGAAUAGCAUCACCAGAACAAACGACACACUGUUACACCUAGCUGUCUCCGGCGGCCAAGUGGAGACGGUCCAGAAAAUGAUAAAUAUCAUUAAGGAACUACCGGAUCCCGAGAAGUCUGUUCGAAGUAGAAACAAUCGAGGGAAUACAGCUCUCCAUCUUGCUGCAGUGGUGGGGAAUGUGGCCAUGUGUAGGUGCAUAGCAGAGGUUCAUCCUUCAUUGAUCGUUGCACGUAAUGAAGAGGAAGAAACUCCUCUUUACUUGGCAGUGUUCUUUGGUAAAAAACAAGCCUUCCAAUGCUUUUACGAUUUGUGUCCAAUCCGUGAGCGUGACAGUGGUUCCAGGAAUACGCGCACUGGUGACACGAUUCUUCACUGCGCCAUUUCUGAAGAUCAUUUUGAUUUGGCAUUGCGAAUAAUUGAGUUGUAUGAUGGGAAAGAACUGGAAAAAGCUGUCAAUGAGGAAGGAGUCACACCUCUCCAUCUACUAGCGGCGAAGCCUUUGGCUUUCCCAAGCGGGAGUCUUCUUCUUCUUGGUUUCUGCAAAAAAAUCAUUUAUCACUGUAUAUUUGUUGAAGAGCACGAUGUGGAACAAAAUCAUGUUAAUCUCCCGAAAGAAUGGAAGCUGGCGCCGAAUCAUUAUCCCGAGAACUACAAAACUUGCAUCGACUUCUUUCUGUUCUUUCUGGAUUUGGUUAGCAGCUUUGUACUGUCAGUACUCGCAAUGAUCAGACAUAAGGUUAGAGAACCGAGAGAUGAAGAGAGGCCUGAAAGACAGCCCGGAUAUCCAGAACUAAGCGCUCGCAUUAAUGGAGGUUGGAAGAAUCGAUUUUCUCUUGCCAUGUAUGGCCUUUUGGCCCUUUUCUACCAAAUCUUCAAGCUGGCAAACAGGACAAUUGUGAUAGCUCUAAUUGCACUAGGAAUUCCCACGAUAAGAAAGAUAUAUGAGGAGAAAAGGCGGCACAAGAUAUCCAUUGUGAUCAUGAAAAAGCUUCUAAAGAGUAGUACUGGUAAAGAUUGGAUUUAUGAAUAUUAUUACGGUGGGAAGAAGAUCAGGAGCCCAAUAUUGCAAUCGCCAGAUAAAUUAAGUAUAGAUCCGGAUCACGAAAUAGAUAUGGACGAAAUAGUUCCAGAUGAAAUAUUAUUGGGUCCAUAUGAUCUCAAUGAAGAUGACAACAGCAAAGGUGGGAAGGAACUAGAGACUCCUAUAUUAAUCGCUGCUCGAAAUGGCAUUUCUGAAAUUGUGGAGAAAAUUCUGGAACAGUUUCCAAUAGCCAUACAUGACGUGAAUAAAGAAAACAAGAAUGCAAUGUUGUUGGCGGCGCAGAACAGACAACCACAGUUCGUGAUAGACUCCAUUCCCUCUAAAUUUCUUACCUGCUGCAACGCGGACAACAAGACCCCUGUGGAACUGUUCAUCGAGAAUCACGGCGAACUCGUCAGCAACGGUGGCGAAUGGUUAGUUAAAACCUCCGAAGCGUACUCCGUUGUCGCUGGACUCAUAGCCACUGUGGCCUUUGCCACCUCCACAGCAGUCCCCGGAGGCGUCAAGGAUAAUAUUGGCACUCCAAUAUUGGAAAACAGAAUCCCAUUCCACCUCUUUGCCAUCUCAUCACUCAUCGCACUCUGCUUCUCGGUCACGGCUUUGGUCACGUUCCUCUCCAUCUUAACAUCAAGGUAUAAAGCAACAGAUUUCGGAAAGGACUUGCCACUGAAGCUCUUGAUAGGUUUAACGUCCUUGUUCUUUUCCAUAGCUGCGAUGCUGAUUUCCUUCUGCUCAGGACAUCUCUUCGUGAUAAACGAUAAGUUAAAGUAUGUGGCGUAUACAGUGUAUGCGGCAACCUGCCUUCCGGUUACUUUAUUUGCUGUGAUGCAGUUUCCGCUGUAUUUUGAUCUUUUAGAUUCUACCUUCAGGAAGGUGCCACGACGUAGCUACAUGGCAUCCAUUCAUGACUAAGUAAUGUGCCUUUUUUUUUUCUAUUCAAUUUUCAUUUUCUUUUAUCUCCCUUUUCUAUUUUAUAUAUCGAAUAAGGAUCUCUCCGUGUGUGAUUAUGUUUAGUCUGUUUUUGA